AUGGUGAGAAAAUUAAAAUACCACGAGCAAAAAUUGUUGAAGAAAGUAGAUUUUAUUUCAUGGAAGGUGGACAACAAUUUGAAUGAAGUAAAAGUGAUGAAACAGUUUUACAUUCAAAAACGCGAAGACUAUACAAAGUAUAAUAAGCUUUCCAGAGACAUCAGAGAUAUUGCAAACAAAAUAAAAGCUUUAGACCCAAAUUCAGAGUUCAGAACAGAAUGUAGUGCCCGUUUAUUGGAAAAGUUGUAUCAAAUGGGACUUAUACCAACUAGAUGGGAUUUAUCUCUUGCCGCAAAUGUUUCUGCAAGCUCCUUUUGUCGGCGAAGACUUCCUGUGGUCAUGGUUCGAAACAAAAUGGCAGAGAAUUUAAAAGAAGCCACAAAGUUCAUAGAGCAGGGUCACAUAAGAGUUGGACCAGAAGUGGUGAAAGAUCCCGCUUUCCUUGUUUCACGUGCCCUUGAAGAUUUUGUAACAUGGGUGGAUGGUUCGGCCAUUAAAAAGCAUGUUAUGGAGUAUAAUGAUAUGAGAGAUGAUUUUGAA